UCGGCAUACACGCGGGUGUUUACGCGCCAAAACGGCAAACUUUGCUGCGCGAACAGAACGUCAUCAACAAAGACAGGAAGAAGGGCAACCAUGGCGGACAUUGAUGCAAAGCACCUGCAGCAUGCGCUGGGCAGACUGGCUGGCGCGGUGAAGGAGGGAAAGUUUGGCGAUGUGAACAGCAUCGUGUUCUCCCUGAGCCAGGAGCAAGGCACGGGCGCUUACAGCAAGCAACAAGCCAUGAUGCUGUGGCUGACAGGCUACUUGUUUGCAGAUACUGUCUUUGUGUGCUUUGCCGACAAGAUGCUGGUGUUCACCAGCAAGAAGAAGGCCGAGGCCCUCAAGCCUCCCACAGAGGGCUCGCCGAUUCCCUGCGAGUUUAUCAUUCGCAACAAGGCUGACAAAGAUGCCGCAAACAUCAAGAAGGUCGUGGAAACCAUCACAGCCGCUGGCAAGCGUGUGGGAUAUCUGGUGAACAAACGCAAACUGGACCAGGGCCCGUUCCUCACCUCCUUCUACGCCGCCCUCGAGAAGAGCGCUGAGCUUGUGGAUGCGAGCGAGCAAGUUGCCGUGCUGCUUGCAGGCAAGACAGACGAGGAAGUGGCGUGGACAGAGGUAGCAGCCACAGCAUCCAGCCUCGCCAUGAACAAGGAGAUGAAACGAAGCCUCCUCAACAACUUUGGAGAGCCCCAACCUGCGGCGCAUGAGGAGAUUGCUGCUGGCGUGCGCGAGUCUGUUGAGAACGGGAAGCAGGCCGCAAAGCUCAAGCUCAGCCCACACGACUUUGAGGUGUGCUACGAGCCCAUUGUGCAGUCUGGCAAGCGGCUCUCCCUCAAGCUGAGUGUUAUGUCCGAUGAGCGACGCCUUAAGCCGGGCGUUGUUCUCUGCAGCGUCGGGAUCAAGUACAAGUCCAUGUGCGCAAACGUCGGCCGCACCUUCUUUGUCGAGGCGACAAAGGACCAAGAGGAAAACUACAAGUUUGCACUCGAGAUGUCGGAAGUGCUGCAGAAGGCGCUCAAGCCAGGCGCCACGCUCGGCGAUGCGCACGCCGCUGUUGUUUCGUUUGUGCAGGAGAAGCGACCUGAGCUUGUGGACCACCUGCCAAAGACGCUUGGGUUUUCAACCGGACUCGAGUUCCGCGACUCCUUCCUCACCAUCAAGGCCAACAAUCAGCACAAGAUCACAGCCAACAUGACGCUCUGUCUCACCGUUGGUCUGCAAGACCUCAAGUCCAAGAAGGGGGAGUAUGCCAUCAACAUUGUGGACACGGUUGUGGUGAAGGAGAGCGGGGUGGAGGUGCUGACGGCGAAGAGCAAGAGCACAUGGGACCACUGCUCCUUUGAGUUUGACCAGGAGGAGAAGGAGACAACAACCGAGGACGCCGUGCGUGAACUCCUCAAGGACGAGCACCGGCCGAAGCGGCAGACGACGACGUCGUUUGCGAGCAAAGAAGACCAGCGGCGCGAACACCAGAAGGAACUCGGCAGAAAGCUGCACGAGGCUGCGAAGCGGCGGCUUGAGAACGAGGGCGACGUGAGCGACGAGGAGGAGCACAAGGAGGAAAUUGUCGCCUACACGUCCAACAAGGCCUUUCCAAAGCGCGAAGCCGCACGCCUCAAAAUCUUCGUUGAUUCCAAGCACGAGACUGUGAUUCUGCCCAUCUUCGGCAUUGCGACUCCCUUCCACAUCAGCACGAUCAAGAACACGAGCUAUGCCGAUGACACGCAGACGCCCUUCCUGCGCAUCAACUUUGCGACGCCAGGCAUCACCACCAUCCGUUCCGGCGCAACAGCAGGGCAGCCGUCGCUGGUGUACCUGAAGGAGAUUUCGUACCGGGGCAGCGCUGCCAGCAUCCAGGCUGCGCACACGGGCAUCAAGAACCUGCAGAGCAGAUACAGGCAGCUCGAGCGCGAACGCAAGGAGCGCGAGGAUCUUGUUGAGCAAGCGGAUCUUGUGCUGCGACGCGACCCGAACCGCCGCCUCGUCCUCCGCGACCUCUUCAUGCGUCCAAACACACACAAGCGCGCGCAGGGCAUGCUCGAGGCGCACGAGAACGGUCUUCGCUACUCCAGCAGGAAGGGAGACAACGUGGACAUUCUCUACAGCAACAUUAAGCACGCGUUUUUCCAGCCGCCAGAGCACGAAGUACAGAUUCUGCUCCACUUCCACCUCAAGAAUGCGAUUCUGAUUGGCAAGAAGCAGCACAAGGACAUUACGUUCUACACGGAGAUUGGGGAGGUGCAGACCGACCUCGCCAUGUCCCGCUUCCAGCGCUCCGAGCGUGAUGAGUACGAGGCUGAGCAGCGUGAGCGCCGCAUGCGCCGCAAGCUGAAGCAGCUCUUCAGGCAGUUCUUUGAGCAGGUGGAGCGCGAGACAGACGGCAAGGUGCAGUUUGAGGUCCCCAACUGGGACCUCGGCUUCCCAGGUGUGCCGUUCAAAACAACGGUGCACAUUCGUCCAACAGAGAACUGCCUCGUCAACCUCUCAGAACAGCCUGCGUUUGUGCUGCCACUGAGCGAUGUUGAGCGGGUGCACUUUGAGCGCAUGGACUUCAGGAACAGAAGUUUUGACAUGGUCUUCAUCUUCAAGGACUACAAGCGCAAGGUGCAAAUGAUCAGCAACAUUCCAAUGCAGCACCACGACCACCUCAUGACGUGGCUGGACGACCGCAACAUCAAGUACACGCAGGCCACGCUGCCCAUCAAAUGGAACCGGGUCAUGAAGGAGGUGGUGGAGAACUACUCGCAGUUUAUCGAGGACGGCGGCUGGUCCUUCCUCGAGGACGAGGACGAGGAGGAGGAGCAAGGCGAGGAUGGCGAACCGAUUGGCUCUGACAAGGAGGACUCGGACUUCCAGGUGUCUGAGGACGAGCUGGAGGAGGAAGAGAGCGAUGAGGAAGAGUUUGAGGACGACGACUUUGACGAUGAGGAGGAGGAAGAUGAGGAGGAAUUCGUGGACGAUGAAGAGGGCGAAUCCUGGGAGGAGCUUGAACGCCAGGCCGCUGAAGAGGACCGCAAGCGUGCACACAACCAGCACGAGGAGAGGACUUCCCGCCAGCCCUCCAAGCGCCCCAAGCGGCGUUAGGGUCUCUGUGCUGCUUCAUGCACGGCUCACCUUGCCUCGCCUCACUUGCUUGCUUGCAUGCUCGUGUCUUGCACGUCUGCGCGAUGGCCGACACCAUAAAAAGAUUGUCGCACAAACGCGUUUCUGCGAAC